GAAACCUGUGAUAAUCCUCGAAAGCAAGCGGAGCGUGCAGAGGUGGGGGAAGCUAGGGGAGCUAAGGAGGGCUCGGAUGUAGCUUUUUUUUCCUCAGCACUCAGCCAGUGCAGACCCUCGACAUGGAAAUAGCACAUCCCUCCUGUCUGCUCGCUCUCACCAGUGCUCUGUAGGCUGUGGAGUGAAGAAGCAGCAGCAUGGCUCUGUCUCCGGUCACUAGCCUGUCGGUGAUGAGCCUGCUCAGUGUGGGCUACCUGUCCUGGGACUGGACGAGCCCCAACCAGGUGGAGAACGAGCCCGCGGCCGCCCUGCCCGGACACCGAGCCCCCCACAUCAUCUUCAUCCUGACGGACGACCUGGGCUUCAACGACAUCGGCUACCACAACCCGGCGAUCCGCACUCCCACACUGGAUAAACUGGCGGCGGAGGGGGUGAAGCUGGAGAACUACUACGUGCAGCCCAUCUGCACCCCGUCCCGCAGCCAGCUGCUCACCGGCAGGUAUCAGAUUCACACUGGUCUCCAGCAUUCCAUCAUCCGUCCACGUCAGCCCAACUGCCUGCCCUUUGAAAUGGUCACCCUACCGCAGCGCCUCCAAGAAGCCGGCUACUCCACCCACAUGGUCGGGAAGUGGCACCUGGGUUUCUACAAGAGAGACUGCCUUCCUACACGAAGAGGCUUUGACACCUACUUUGGCUCUCUGACAGGAGGUGUAGACUACUACACUUACGACUCUUGUGAUGGUCCAGGAAUGUGUGGGUAUGACCUCCACGAAGGGGAAUCGGUGGCAUGGGGGCAUGGGGGUAAAUAUUCCACACACCUGUACACUCGUAGGGUCCGGAAGAUCCUCGCCUCGCACGACCCAUCAGAGAGGCCUAUCUUUCUUUUCCUGUCCUUCCAGGCCGUACACACGCCACUGCAGUGUCCCAAGGAGUACAUCUACCCCUACCGUGGCAUGGGGAACGUCAUGCGCCGCAAGUAUGCUGGAAUGGUAUCGGCUGUAGAUGAGGCGGUGCGGAAUGUGACAUACGCACUUAGGAAGUAUGGCUAUUAUCGCAACAGUGUGAUCAUUUUCUCCACAGAUAAUGGGGGCCAGCCUCUCUUUGGUGGGAGCAACUGGCCUUUAAGAGGCAGGAAGGGAACAUACUGGGAAGGAGGUGUCAGAGGAGUUGGGUUUGUCCACAGUCCACUCCUCAGGCAGCGGAGGAAGGUCAGUAAGGCCCUGGUCCACAUCACCGACUGGUACCCGACACUGAUGAGCCUGGCAGGGGGUAACAUGUCUUGGACGGAGGGCCUGGAUGGGUACAACAUGUGGGAGACUCUCAGUGAGGGCAAAGAGUCUCCACGUCUCGAGAUCUUGCACAAUAUCGACCCACUUUACGUCCAGGCACGCCACGGCUCCGUCCGAGCUGGUCAUGGCAUUUGGAACACAGCCGUGCAAGCAGCAGUAAGAAUGGGGGACUGGAAACUGCUGACUGGAGAGCCAGGUUAUGGGGACUGGACCCCGCCACAGAUGCUGGGAAACUUCCCCGGGGGCUGGUGGGAACUUGAGCGCCACGCAGAGCCACGCAAGUCAGUUUGGCUCUUCAACAUCAGUGGAGAUCCAUACGAGCGGUACGACCUGGCCGAGCAGAGGCCGGACGUGGUAAAGCAGCUGCUGGCAAGGUUGGCCUUCUAUAACCGCACAGCUGUGCCCGUGCGCUACCCACCUGAGGACCCCAGGGCAGAUCCCAGCCUGCACGGUGGGGCCUGGGGUCCUUGGGCCGGGGAUGAGGAGAAAGACUGCUGGAACAAGAUUUUUCACAGAAAGAACAAAGACAAAAAGGCCAAAAAGAAGAUGAGCAAAACAAGGUCGUUUUUUAGAAAACUGAACACGAGGAUGAUGUCCAAUAGAAUAUGAGUUCAUAGUGCUUAUAUGGACUUUACUUUCUUUUGUAUUAACGUUUUUGACUCUUUUGUGGGAUCAUAUUCUUUAAUUCUCACAGAGACAAAGAGAAAUUUUGAAUUAACAAUGUCCUGUGGACAAAUUCAGUUGUGUACUUGACUGCAUGGUAAUGCAUAUUCUACCUCUCAGUUUUUUUUUUUCUAUUUUAGUGAUUGUAAUUUGCUCUUUGUAUGAUUUUACUUCUGUUUUUAACUACAGCCUAUGAAUGGACUGAAGAAUUUGGGACUGAAUAAUAAUAAUAAUGAACAAGGAUAAUAAUGCAAGUAUUUUUUGUUGUUAUCUGCUUAAAAAUGAUACAAAUCAUGAUAAUUUUCACAAUAUUUUAUAUGGAGACGGGCAUCUCUGUUUCUGUAUCAAAUUCAAAAUAAUGACUGGCAUGCAGAAUUUUGUCACUGUCAUGUGAAAAACAUGUAUUUCAAAAUGGUGAACUUAAUGUUAUAUUAUUUAAAAUACCUGAAAAACAGGAAAAGUGAAGAUGACAGCAAUGAUUGCUCUUUAAGAUGGAAACCCUGGUUGAUUUCAGUAACUUUCUUAAUUAUGCAUUUUUAAUUGUUUUUGUAUUGUUAUGAUCAACCACUCACCACACAGUAUUGACACAUUGUUUUGUGAUUUGACAGUAAGAGCUGUACUGGAGAUAUACUGUAUGUGAUGAAUAAAGUAAAAGAAUCCUUUCUGAUUGUUGGAUGAAUGGGUCUAACCGUUAUUGCCGUAAGCACACUGCCCUCUAGUGGACCCUACCGUGUACAGUGUGUAUACGUCACAGGUUUCUAACUCUGCUUUGAAUGCUAGGGCUCUAAUCGGCUUGUUAACCAGUCUUGAAGCAGAAAAAACAUGCACAGAUCUGGAAAAAAAAAGAUCACUUAAAAACGAUCAGUUUCUUUGAUUUUACCAAAUUGAAAACCUCUGGAAUAUAAUCAAGAGGAAGAUGGAUGCUCACAAGCCGUCAAACCAAGCUGAACUGCUUGAAUUUCUGCACCAGGAGGGGCAUAAAGUUAUCCAUAAGCAGUGUGUAAGACUGGUGGAGGAGAACAUGCCAACAUGCAUGAAAACUGUGAUUAAAAAAACAGGGUUAUUUCACCAAAUAUUGAUUUCUGAACUCUUAAA